AUGGCCUUUCCAGCUACCGUGGGUGAUCGAAAUCCCAGAGAACUGCAAUAUAGGAAUUCUCAAGCUCACAUUGCGAAUCAGUUCCCCGCCUAUGCCCCGCUUCGUUCCCCUGCUGAGACUUCCACCAUUUCGGCUGCUCCCGACAACAGAGCAACACUCCAACGUCGGUUCACAACCGACUCAUUGAAACAACCCCAAAUGAACAUUCCUUCCGGUUGGGACCCUUCCAGCUUCAACCGUAUGACUGCCGAGCCAUUAGAUCUGGCUCCUAGUACUCGCCAGAGAGUUGAAAUGUUGCAACAGAAACAACGUGAGAUGGAAUUGAAGCAGCUUGAGGUGAUGAAAUUGCGUGAGCAACAGAAGAACUACGAGGAACACAUGAGACGCCUUGCGUUUCAACAGCAGGAAGACGAGAGGGAAAUUCGUCGUAUUGCUCAGGACCUCGAUCGUAUGGCCCUCAGGGGUAAUUCUAGGCUUAAUUCUACUAUGGGUCGUAGUGAGCCUACAACCCCGCCAGACCACGAUACCUUUGCUCGUUCUAGGGCCGGACAUCCUGGGGGCAAUGCUCUAGCCACCCCUCCUGGGGCCGUUCGUCAUGAUCAGCAGCAACAGCUUAUGACUCCACCGGCCGACGAUGCAGUCCCCUUUAUAUCCCAUAAGGCAUCCAAGUCUAUGCCUGGGUCUAGACGCAACUCGGAUGAGAAUGAGAAUAAGGGCACCCCAGAGCAGGGUCUGGUUGGGCAACGACCUAGCAUUAGAAACUCUUUACCCAACGGUUCGAUUACAAGGGGUACCAGCAAUGCCAGUGCAGCCUUAGGUAUGGAAACAUCACAGGUUGGUCGCAUCUUUCCCCCCGAGGAUGAGCUCAGUGGAAGUGGCUCCGCCAAGAAUGCACAAUCUACAACUUCUCCGGACAUUAAGGCUUUCCUCAAUAUGACCGACCUCGAAUUUCCAAUCUUGGUACGUCACGGAAGUAACCCGGGAAUGUUGUCCGCAUCGUCUGCCUCCCUUGAUCUCGCCGUGCCACCCUCCAAAGGUCAAGCGACCCCGGCCAAUAAUAGUUGGGCUUUUUCCCGCCAUCACCAUCAGCAUAGCCUGCCAUCCAACAGCUAUGGUACCCCAUUUACUCCGACUAGUAAUGCUUCUCCAAAGGUUGCAGUUCCUCAGACAGAUUCCGCGGUUCUCGGGCGUCGAUUUGAGAGAUCAUCAACCGACUUGUCCUUUAGCACUUUUUCUGAUAAUAUCGAUACAAAGAUUUCGCAAAACGAAGCUUCUCAUGCGACCCAAAAUUUCAUGCCGAAACUUCAGGCAUCAUAUUCAACCUCUGAUCUGCCAACCAUGCGGACCGCUAACCCUGUUGGUGUUCAGGGCUAUGGUAGGAUUGCAAUGGAUAGGCCUAGGCAUAGCCGUGAACCGUCCACUAGUGGUGAUAUGCCUCUCUCGGGAGGCGGACCUCUUGCUUUUGGUCCACCCCUCAACGUCAAUGUUGGUUCAAUGCCUCUGAUGGCACCCGGGAUGCAGUCCCCUCUUCCGUCUCCGGGUAUAUACGGAGGCCCCUCUGCCGGACUUUACGGGGGCUAUGGGAAUAUCAAUAUCGGGAAUCUUGCGAAUCCCGGUUAUCACAUGACGCCUCUUGGUCCCUUUGGAGCUCAUCCUAAUUAUCAACAAGUACCCAAGGUUGGCGAAGGCCCGCAUCAGGGAGGCAGUGCACAAAAUCGGAAUGUGCAAAAGAGAGGACAUGAUGGAGAGGCGAAUCGCUUUGCCAAUACUCCUCUUGAGAGCCUGACUGGCAAUAUCUACGAACUCUGCAAAGAUCAGCACGGGUGCCGUUAUCUCCAAAAGAAACUUGAGGAGCGUAACCCCCAAUACGUGCAGAUGAUCUUCCUUGAAACUCACGCCCACGUGGUUGAGUUGAUGACUGAUCCUUUUGGAAAUUAUCUCUGCCAAAAACUUCUUGAAUAUGCCAAUGAUGAACAGAGGACUGUUCUUGUCAAUACCGCUGCCCCCCAGCUCGUUAAGAUCGCCCUGAACCAACAUGGGACUAGAGCGCUGCAGAAAAUGAUUGAAUAUAUUACCACGCCAGAACAGAUUUGCACUGUCAUCCACGCCCUUCAGAGCAAGGUGGUGGAACUCAUUCAAGAUCUCAAUGGUAAUCACGUUAUCCAGAAAUGUUUAAAUCGCUGGAAGAAGGAAGAAAACAAGCUUCAAUUCAUUUUUGAUGCUGUCGGCGAGGAUUGUGUUGCUGUCGGAACACACCGCCACGGUUGCUGUGUCCUUCAACGCUGCAUAGAUCAUGCUGCCGGAGCUCAAAAGGUCAAGUUGAUUCAAAAGAUUACUGCUCAUGCGAUUGAACUGGUGGUUGAUCCUUUCGGGAAUUACGUUGUUCAGUAUAUCCUGGAUCUGGCCGACCCUAUGUUGUCGGAGCCUUUGAUUCUCAAGUUUAGGGGUCGUGUCUGUGAACUCUCGAAACAGAAGUUCAGCUCUAAUGUUAUCGAGAAGUGUAUCCGUGUUGCCGAGCCACCGACGAAAAAGAUAUUGAUUGAAGAAAUGCUUCCUAAUCAGGCUGAGCUGGAAGCAUUGCUUCGGGACUCGUAUGCCAAUUAUGUGAUUCAGACGGCUAUGGAUUAUGCUUCUCCCGAAACCAAGCAACAGUUGGUUGACAGCAUCAGGCCAAUCCUUCCGGCAAUCCGUAUGACACCUUACGGACGCAGAAUUCAAUCCAAGAUCCAAAUUUCUAGCAGUGGCAGCACACCAACCGGCCUGUCCUUUCCGAGCGGAAGUUCUCCUGGGGCUCAUCCGCCGGCACCUUCCCGCUCGCACUCCUAUAGCCAGCCAUCUGUUCGUUCGAACCUUGUACAACAACAACCAUACUCUUCCCCCUUUCGUCCUGAUAUGGCGAGCUCCUACUUCGCCUAAUAUUUUCUUUCUUUACGUGUUGAUAUAGGGACUAUUUUUGUCCUUGUUGCACCUAUGUUGUUUUUCUAGCUUUUUCUUCUCUAUUUUCCUUUCGACCCCUUUCCUUCAGAUUUUCAUGGGAAUGAAGGGUGGAUACGAUACGAUAAGAUACGAUACGACACUUAUACGAUAUGGAUCGGAUGGCAACAUGGGUGUUGCCAAUUUACUAGGGAUUGUCAUUCUUUCAUAAGGGGUGUAUGGACAAAUAUUCUCUGGGUAUGAAGGUUACGGACGCAAUGACGGAAAAAAUGAACAGCAUAAUGCGGAUGUGCUAUGGCUGUAUAGUAGAGGCAUUUGCAAUAUUGUUGAUGGUUUGUAAACUA